UAAACAUGCCCACGUGAUUUGGUACAACAUGGCGGCAUGUGGCUGGCGAAUUUGGCCCAACAGGAGUCAGGUAUUCGAAGACUUAGAUCGUUUACACUGCCGGUAAUUUGUGAUUGCAAGCCAUUUUUCACUCUUCUUGAAUUCCACUUUCACGUUCAGGAAAUCUGGGUACUUGCUUUGAGACGGAGUUCAGCAGAUCUCGCACGUCCUUGGGUUAGAUCCCAACGUAGAAUUAGUUGUUUAUGAUUUCCAAUUUACGUUAUUUUCCGUAUGAAGACGAAGGUUUCAGCUGAUACCAGUGUAGAAGGAGUGCCUUCGAAAACAACUACUGCUACCACGAUUUCAAACACUGCACAAUCGAGCGUCUGGUCAAUAUGUGACAUAUCAACUGACCCACACGUCGAGCUACGAGACAUAACACCGUCAAUUAGUCCAGUGUUUACCGACGAUCAAGUGCACGAACUGACUCAAAAUCCUGCCGAAGUCGAUGUGUUGAGCGAGCAUUUUCUCCCGCAUGAUACUUUCAAACGAAUCGACGAAGUUCUGAGCUCGAGCGGCGAAACGAACCUUCUUUACACUGAUCCAGAGCUUAGUGACUCAUUGAAACAAAACCACGAUGUUCUUUUAACAGGCGAACUUGGUUUCCAUGGAACCAUGUUCCCAUCGUUUGAUUCAAUAGUCGAAGCGGAUAGGAUACUGAACAAACGAGACGAGUCAUCUCCAGUAAACAGUGCUGAAGAAAAUGUUUCACAGGCUGGUGGUUCUGAUAACGUUAAUUGGUCUAAGGACCGUGCAGAAUUAAAUAAAACCACAGGGAAUCCAGGAGAUGAGAAGCAGGAGGAUGACAACAAAGGUGUGAGGCGUUCUCCUCGAAAGCGUGUUCAGGUUAAAAAGGAUUCAGAUGCACAAAAAACAAGCAACCUAGCUGGAAAAACCAUCUCAAGAGGCAAAGAUAUAUCAAAGCUAAAAUAUGCAAAACAGCCUGAAGGAGAAGAAAAGAAAGAAGUACGCAGAAGUGGCAGGGCACAGAAAAAAGUGGAAAAGGAUGACAGUGAUGCUGACAAAAAAGGGAAAGAUAAAGUUGUAAAUAACAAAAAGAGAAAUGCAAAGGAAGAUGCAAAGGCACAAAAAGCAUCUUCACAGCCAGAAGACUCUUCUAAAAAUGUGCGAAGGUCACCCAGGAAUCAAAGCAAGGCUUUUGUGGAGGCAAUGAAGAAAACAAACAAAAAAGCUCCAAGAAAACAUCAGGAAACAAACCCUGAAGAUUCAGAUGGUAAUAAAGAAGAGAGCAAUGAUAAAGAAAGCAAAUCUGAUGAAACUAGAUCAAACACAAAGAGAAGAAAUAGGAAAACAGAAAUUUCUGAAGAGGCGAAAAGUGGACCAGAGGAAAAAACAGUUAUAAGAAAAAGUGGAAGGGUGACUAGAAAUAGAGGAAAACAAACUAAAGAAGAAGAAGAGAAGGCAGCAGAGGGAAAGGUCAAAACAAAGGUGAAAAAAACUAAAGAAGAAUCUCACAAUGAACUGAAAACUGGAGAAGCAAAAGUCAAAGACAGUAGCGAAACAGAGAUUACAAUUAAUGAGUCAGAUAUAAAAGAAGAUGAUCAAGACAUUUCUAAGAGGACUGCUGGUAGUUCUGAGGUGAAAGAUGAUAAAAGUAUAUCAUUUGCCAAGAAGGAAAGAGGAGGUGACAUAGAAGAAAAAGCUGUCAGAAAGAAGAUAGCGGAAGUGAAAGUUGAACCAUCUGAAAACAAGGAAAAUGAAAAUAAGAGAAGUAGCAGAAGACAAGAAAGAAAGACUGUGGAUAACUCAGAGAAAAAUGCUGAAAAAGGUGAACAAUUGGAAACAUCUAUGGAAAAUAAUUCCACACACAACAUGCAAAAAACUGAUAAAAGAGAAAAUGUGCUAAGUGAAGGAGAUACAAAGUCUGAUAAAGAGGACAAAAGUGUUGAGAAAUCUGUUAAAAAAGAGGUCACUGCUCAUGAUUUAACAGACGAGGAAGCUGUCGAGGAUUCUAAACAGGAUCCUGGGAAGAAAGACUUAAAAGAAAGCAAAGAAGAUAAAGAGUCAGAUGCUGAGAUGGACUCAGAUAACAAUGAGGAGGUUAACGAUGACUCAGAUUAUGAUCCAGAGUAUGAUCCAGAUCGUUUGUGGUGUAUCUGUAGAAAACCACAUGGUAACAGGUUCAUGAUUUGUUGUGACCGCUGUGAAGAGUGGUUUCAUGGGAUGUGUGUUGGCAUAACAAUGGCUCAGGGAAGACAAAUGGAGAAGAACAGCCAAGACUAUGUCUGCCCUAAAUGCAAAGCAAAAAUAGAAGAAGAGGGCAGCAAGGAAGCCAAAGCAACAUCAGGAAGACCUGAGGAAGAGAGCAGAGAGGUCACUAAUACAGAAAACACAGGAGAAUGUCGUCCUCGCAGAGAGCGCUCGCUUAAGAUGAAAAUCCCUGGCGAACCAGAGACAAGAAAGCGGCGACAUAUCAGGGUUGAAAUGAAUGAGGAUGACAGUAGCAAAAGAUCUAGAGAUUCUAAAGGAGAAACAAGAGAUGAAAGAAGGAAAAACAUUCCAGAACACAAAGGCUUCAAAAUACCCAAGAAGGUGAGGACAACACCAACUCCAGCAUCAUACAUGCAUCAUCCCACCCAGUCGCACUGUGUGGCCACUGAUUGUUCUAAACUUGCUGAUUAUCAAUCUGUUUACUGCAGUUCAGAGUGUAUGCAAAGACAUGCUGAGGAAUCUUUGAAAAUAAUCAUGGAAGAGAAGAAAAAACGAAUGGGGUGCAAAUCCUCCGUGCCCACAUCCAAGAAUGUCACAUCACCAACAUCAAGUCUGCUAGGGCCAGUCCCUUGGAAUUCUGAAACAGCCCAAGUCUCCUCACAGACAGAAUCUGCACAACUCAAAGAGGGAAUAGCAGUCAUUGAGAGGUCCACUGGGCGGGUGAUUGCAGGUGUGGCAGCACCCUGUCAGGAGGAGUUAGUUGAUUGGCUGCAUGAUCAUCCUACAUUUGAGGUGCUGCGGCCAUCAGUUGGAAAAGAUGAGAAAAAGAAAGACAAAAAAGAAGAUAGCGAGAAAACCGUGAGAGAAAAUAUUAAAAAAUCACUGAGGGAAAUCUUAACAACAAGAUCCAAGGAGCAACAGGAUUUUAACGUAACUGAAGAAGACAUUGACAAGUGUUCACUGGAUGUCGAAAGGGAAAUGUUUUCUUUCUUUGGAGAUACAGGGCAACGCUAUAAGAACAAGUACCGCAGCUUGAUGUUUAACCUCAAGGACCCCAGGAACAAGGUUCUGUUUCGACAUGUUCUGUCAGGGGAGAUAACCGUAGAUCGUCUCGUGCGGAUGACACCUGAACAGCUGGCAUCACCAGAGCUGGCUACCUGGCGGGAACAGGAAACAAAACAUACCCUGGAAAUGAUUAGAAUGAGUCAAGAGGAGAUAAAUGCAACCAAAGCACAUACCAAGAAAACACACAAGGGAGAGGUUGAAAUAGACGAUGAUGACUUGAGUACGCUUGAGAAUUCAGUCAAAGCAACUACAGAGCUUAAAGAAGAGAAAGGUCUUCCUGAUAGCAACACAGGAUCCAGCACCUUGCUUCUCGACACCACAGAUGAACAUCGGAUUCACCUCUUUGAUCUCAACUGCCGCAUCUGCACUGGAAAAAUGGCACCCCCAGGGGAACCUCCUAGGAGAGAAACACCUGCGCCACUUGUAUCAACCACGUCAAUAGUUCAAGCUGUUGCUGAGAGUUCAAUUCCUUCUCCUACACCCAUGGACAUUGUCACUUCCGCCAGCUCACCAGACUCGGCCGUGCAGCCUCCCGAGUCACCCUCUAUGCUGGCCAAGACAGCUAAGAAAGUCCCAGCCGUGUGGAAAGGGUUUGUGAUGAUGCAGAGUAUAGCUAAGUUCGGUACGAGUGCUUAUCGUGUGUCCGGACCAUGUGACGAUCUGCUGCAGUUGUUGCCCGAUACAUUGCAUGUUCAGGGUCGCAUUGCGCAUGAGCAGGUUUGGGACUAUCUACAACAACUGAAGAGCUCUACAUCAAGGGAGGUGUGUGUGAUCAGGUACGAGGCUUCCUCUGAUGACGAGAAGUUGAGCUACGUGUCGCUGUAUUCGUACUUUUACAGUAGAAAGCGAUGUGGAGUAGUCAGUAACUGUUACACGGGAGUCAAAGAUAUGUAUCUGGUACCUCUAGCCUCACAUCAACGCAUACCGCCGGAACUACUACCGUUUGAUGGACCUGGGUUGAAUGAUCCCCGUCCUCACAUGCUCCUCGGAGUUAUUGUCCGAUCUAAGGUGAUGUUCAAACGCCCGCGUGCACUUAGUCAGCGCUCACUGUCCCCUCCUCCAAAGCGCCGAACCAGUUCAGCGAGUGUGGAGAACAGCAGCAGUGAUGGAGGUGCUGUGGAAAGUCCUGCCAGGAAACGAGACGUGCUUAGUGAACUUCAUGACUCGCCUCCAGCGGACAUUGAAGACAUUGUGUUCCAGUACAACACCACUCAAGCUAAGAUCAGCAGUAAGGAAACCAAGGAUUUGUCCGCCAAAGCUUCUCCUGUUUCUGAGACAUCCACACCUUCAGUUGCUUCCUCCUCUGGAGCGGCGAGCUCUCCUGUUUCUACGAGUAAUUCAUCUGUUCCUUCCCUUGAGGCACAGAAACAGCAGUUACUGGAUCUACAAGAGCGCGCACGGCAGUAUAUCUUGGCACAGACACAGCGAAAAGAAGUUGCAGUUGUUGACCAUUCAACUUCGGCUAAUAGCGAGGAUAAACCGAAGAUUCAAUUUCCUGUUGCAAAUGAUCCAGAAAAUGAGAAGACUGAAACAGUAGACGACGAUGCACCGUAUGAUCCCGAAGAAGAUUUAGUUCUUGACCUUAAUUCCACUGAGCUCAACCCAGCCAAACCUGCAGUAUCUGUACCAUCAGAGGAGCCAACCAAACCCUCCAGUCUGCAAAUGUUGGUCUCCACUCUUCAGAGAAUUCAAGGUGCUGCCAGUAAAAGUUUAAGUCCCCACUUGACAGCACUAACUUCAAUCCUACCCUUAGGGGCUACCACCGGAUCAAAAGGAGAAGGCAAUCACGGAAACGAGACCACUGCCGUAGCCACAGCAGGUACCGUUAACCCGUCGCUCAUCUCAGCUGGGUCGAGAAGUCCGUCCGCUGCAUCAGGUAGCAGCAUACUACAGCCCAUUGUGCCUCUCAACAGUGAAAAUAUGAGAAAUCCUUCGGCCCCAGCGGGGUACAGGCCACAGCUUUCUGGGCUAAUUGACCAAACAAACACGCCUACUGGAGCAAAUGGGCCACAAGCUUCAGAUAUGGCUGACCGUCAACCAAUGUCUACCGGUGGAGGAUUACAGCAGCCCUCAAGUAUGAGCGAUCGACAAUCCUCAAUUAUAGCCGAUCAACGUUCAGCGGCUGUCAUAUCAAAUGGGCGUAUUCCAGAGCGUGAUGGCUCUACCACUGACGGUUCACAUUCUACUUUUUCCAGUUCUCAUGGCCAUCAGUUUCCUGAACCCUCUGUCCUGAAUUUCCAGCCUGCAUCGUCUGCUCAGAGACAUCAGCCGCCUGCUCAGGGCCAUGGUUCACACAUAACUGAACCUCCACACAUUAAUCGUCACGUGAACGACGUCACGCAGCAGUACAGCGGUCUUCGACCAGAAGAGCGUGCGCGGCUGGCGGCGCGCGAAUCCCGCUUAGAAUCGCGGGAGAAUAGGCGAUUAUCAAGCGAACACAGAGGUGAAUCUCAGGAACAAAGACGAUUGAGCGAAAGAGAGAGGGAUAGUUGGUACAAUAACCCGCGCUACUCACGGGAUUCCAGGUCUACCGGUUCAUUUGAUUCGCGUAACCCUCGGGAUUCGCGAAACGACUGGCGGAAUCAGCACAGGUCCGGACGGCAUUGGCACGAGGAUGAACAUCGGCGAGACAGACACGCCCAACCGAUAGACGAACGACCGAGAUACCAAGAACGUAGAGACGAAAGACGGUUCCGGGAGAAUUGGGGUCGGGAGAGAUGGAGGCGGUGAUCGUACGAAAUUGUUAGAAACAGUUGUACCCAAAGUUCGUUAAAGUUCAAUUGCACUUAAAUGAAUUUGUAUCGUGAAUAUUCCGAGAGCUCUCUGCUGGGAUGCCGUUUGAAGUUUUUUCAAUAUGGCUCAGACGCGUUGUGUUAAUUAGAGACUUUUAGUUCCGGUGGGUUAUAACUUCUGUACAAAGCAGGUAGAUGUUUUUAAAGAUAUAUGAUGCUGUGGAGUUUUAUCAAAGCGGUUGCUGUGUUGUUUCUCUAACAUCUAAUAAAAUGUGUUCGUCAUUCUUUUAAGUA